CAUCCUGUCAACCUGUUCUUCAGUACUUGGUUAAACUACUGGGUGCAGACUUCGGUGUUCUUUUAAUUCUACUGCGAGAAAUCGAACGAAGCGGACUGCUACACAAUCUUCAGACAAAAUUCUAUUUGAAAGAUGAAGGAAAUUCCGAUUCUGCGGGUGAUGAUCAUUGGUCUAUGUAUGUGGAAGGCGACAGCCGAUAUCACCACCAGGUCCGUCAUGGUACCAGUGGACUCGACGGUAUUGCUUGAUGAGCACAAUAGAUAUAGGAAUAACGUCGAUCCACCUGCCAACGGCUUAAAGUCAAUGAUUUGGAAUACAACUCUUGCUGCAGCAGCACGGAAUUGGGCUUCCAAUUGCACUGGUUCGUACAGUGUGUCUGGUCUGGGCUAUGGAGAGAACCUGUACGUGAACGUAACUGACCAGCCCUCCAUGACUGAAGUCACAGCAGCAUGGCACGAGGAAUCCCAGUGGUAUAAUUAUACAGAUAACACCUGUUCGGCACUUUCGGGACGUACAUGUAAACAAUACAUACAGAUGAAGGAAAUUCCGAUUCUGCGGGUGAUGAUCAUCGGUCUAUGUAUGUGGAAGGCGACAGCCGAUAUCACCACCAGGUCCGUCAUGGUACCAGUGGACUCGACGGUAUUGCUUGAUGAGCAUAAUAGAUAUAGGAAUAACGUCGAUCCACCUGCCAACGGCUUGAAGUCGAUGAUUUGGAAUACAACUCUUGCUGCAGCAGCACGGAAUUGGGCUUCCAAUUGCUCUGGUUCGUACAGUGUGUCUGGCCUGGGCUAUGGAGAGAACCUGUACGUGAACGUAACUGACCAGCCCUCCAUGACUGAAGUCACAGCAGCAUGGCACGAGGAAUCCCAGUGGUAUAAUUAUACAGAUAACACCUGCUCGGCACUUUCGGGACGUACAUGUAAACAAUACAUACAGAUGGUCUGGGAAACCACGAGCCAAAUCGGAUGUGGAAUGUCUCGAUGCGAAUUUCCAUAUGGUGGAACAUGGUAUUUUGUCGUCUGCCGUUACUCUCCAGCAUACGUCCCUGAUCAAAGACCCUAUACUGCUGCCGUGGGCCCCUGCGCACAAGGGCCCUGCCAAAAUGGAGGAGUUUGUACUAACAUUGGAGAUGAUGAUUAUCGUUGCGCAUGCCCUCCCGGGUUCAGUGGAACCAAUUGUGAAUUAGUUGUAGAUAUGUGUGCCGACAACAGGUGUGAAAAUGGCGGAACAUGUAUUCAUGUUGAUGGUGGAUACGAAUGCGUUUGUAUGCCAGGCUAUACCGGUGCUCUAUGUGAUGUUAGUAAGUGA